AUGACAAGUUCAAAUUGUUUUAAGAAUGAAACGAAAAAAUUUCAAGAAUCAGUUGGGCAGUUGGGGGGGGAGAGCUAUGAUUGCGACGUCAUAGAAAUUAUAAGCUUAAAUGAGAACGAGCCUACGUGCAACACGGUGUCAACAUUUGGUAACCCUGGGGGACUGCGUCCUGGAAAGAGUAACUACGGCAUGCCGAUGGAGGGAUGCAGUGACAUCGAAAUUAUAGAGGACAUAGACUUGUACAACUACGAGCAAAUAAAGUUGGCCAAGAUAAAAGAAUUCGAGGCGUCCAACAGGAGAGGCGAGUUUAUAAGAGACAAAGGAGUCUUCUUUGAGUACUAUUUAGGGUGCAUAGAAACGGACUCCAUCAUCCUGUCGAGCGAAAUAUGCGACGUGAAGAGUGACAAAGAUAUUGAGAUCAGCUACGAGAUAACACCCAAAUCGACAAAGCGGUCUUAUUCCCCCAUGUAUAUGCUAAAGGUGAAUAAAAAUUAUGUCAUGUCUAAUGAUUAUAUUAAAGUGAUAGGGAGAAACAUUCCCACUAAUAAUAAAAAAGUAAAAAAAAAAAAAGUGUUAACAAAGAAAGGAAGAAACAAUUCUCCAGUAUGCAAUGAGGAAUAUACUGAAGUUCAAUUUGACACCAAUAAAAUUCUAUCGGCAGACAAAAAGUUCAUAGAAUUUGAUAAGUACAAGAGUGAAAUUUUAAAAGAUAUUAACGAGGGGUACCCAUGUAUAAGAAUGAAACAUAGUAAUACUAAUCGAGACAUCUCCAAAAUUAAGAGCAAUUUGUCCAAAACGUUAUGUGUACUGCUAGUUUUGAAUGCAAUCCGAAUCGAAAUUAUGUUAGAAAAAGUUUCCUUAGGUGACUUAAAAUUUGGGGGGAGUUUAAGAACUUUUAUUCAUGUCAUUUUAUACCCUGAUUCUUUUAAAAUUGACUCGCAUAAAUUUCAUGAGUAUAAUUCUUUGAUUAAAUACAGUGUCGAUAGUUUAUUUAAGGAGCUUAGAAUCACGCCCCUUCGACUAGCCAAAAAUGUAGAUAUGGAUUCCUUUGAAUCUGCUCAUAUUAGGAUAAAUAGGGAUAGUUUGUUGUCAUCUUCUAACAGUGCUCUUAAGAGCAACUCAUCCAUGUGUGGCAAGAAGGACCGGGAUGGGGACACCUCCUUCGGUUUCAGCACCCCCUACAAGGCGCUGGGCGGAUCCAGGAGUUCUGUCCUAGACCCGGGCACCCUCAGCGUGACCAAGGAGGAAGACGAAAUCAUAGACUCCCUUAGCGAAAACGAGAUGGAGGAAAACAACGAAGAAGCAACGAACAUGGUUUUUGUGGAAGAGAAAUAUCGAGGAGGGUACUUGCUGGAAGAGUUCGAGGAAAUUCACCCAGACAAGUUUUACUUCAAACCGACGCUGAAAACGUACCAGGCGGAAGGAGUGUGGUGGAUGUACACAAAGGAAAACCCCCCCGAAUAUUUCAAAGAGAAAGUAAAAAAAAACGAGGACAUAAAAGAAAUCGUCAUUGAUGAAGUUGUCAAGGAUAACCCUCAUUUUGAAGGCCUGGCAAAGAAGAGGACGCGGGUGCUUUCCAUAACAAGUGCGAAGUUCGCCAUGAAGGCGGCUCUCACGGAGGGCGCUCUGUCCAAGUGUAAGGUCGAAUCGGGAGGAAGCACACCUCAGUGUAAUGUCGAACGGGGAGGAAGCACCCCUCAGUAUAAGGUCGAACAGGGUGGAAACUUCCCCGAGUGUAAGGCCGAACCGGUGGGGACGCCGCCCCAACGGGAGCCGAAACAAAGCGACUUAGCCAUCAAGCGAGAGAAAGCCAAGUCGGGUGGCCAAAGGGAAGACAACGGCGGUGAAGACAACGGCGGUGAAGACAAUGGCGGCAAAGAGAAUGACAACGAGGACGACAACGAGGACGACAACGACGACGACAUUCGGAACAAACAACCGCUUAAUCCCCUGUGGGAGGAACACGCGUUUAUCCCCAACAUAAAAAUUUACGAGAAGGACAACCUGGUGUGCGUGCUAAAAUAUUUCUAUGUAAACAAAUUAACGGGGUGCUUUUCGCUGACUUACCCGCAGUAUGUGCCCCCAUUCAGGGGGGGAAUUCUAGCAGAUGAAAUGGGGUUAGGCAAAACCAUACAAAGUAUCGGAUUAAUAGCGCACGAUGUGUGCCACAACAAAUUGCAUCUCCAAAAUAGUAACAAUCAAAAUAAGAACAACAUUACUUACUUGAUAGAGAAUACAAUCAAAGGAUUUAAUUUUAAAAAAGGAGGCACCUUAAUUAUUGCCCCCUUAGCUCUGAUUUAUCAAUGGAAACAAGAAAUCGACAAACACACAAAGGAGGGCUUCCUCACCACCUACAUUUACUACGGUACAUCGAAAGAUGUCACCAGCGAAAAGUUGUCUAAGUAUUUCGUCGUGCUGACCACGUAUUCUACCCUAGUCUCUGAGUAUAAAAACACGCUAAGUAAGAGAGGAAAUAAUGGGAAUAAGGGGGAGGAUAAGACCCCUGGGGGAGAGGACGAGCAUAUUGGGAAGAGUAAGCGCGAACAUGGGGAUGUGGGAUUCAUGAAAGGGAGGUCAAAAGAGGACAAAGUCAAAAGUGGGCUUGCCAAGGGUGCGGUUCCCAAGCGUGGCGCAGAAGGCAUCAGCCCGAAAAGGAGUCCACAAAGUGGAACAAGUAAUGACAGCCCAAAAAUAAACAACUUUUUCAAGAAGACUGUUCUGGGAACAAAGAUGGAGAUAGCGAUGGGGACGACGACGCCCAUGACGAGUAAUAGCACGGUGAAAUCAACUGACGAUAGGAAGAACACAAAACAGGGAAACCCGAAGAAAGAGUGUCCCUUGUAUAAAAUAACCUGGAGAAGAAUCAUAAUUGAUGAAGCACAUGUGAUAAAAAAUAAGAACUCCAUUCAGUCCAUUGCUGUGUGGAAAUUGCGAGGAGAAAGAAACUGGUGCUUGACGGGAACGCCUAUACAAAACUCGAUAUUUGACAUCUUCCCACUCUUCCGAUUUUUAGGAAUCAAACCAUAUGGCACCAUUGAAUGGUGGAAUAAAGAAAUUAUAGACUAUGUAAAUAAAAACAAAUUGAACUUAGCCCUCGAUGUAGUAAGGAAAAUAUCAUCUCCCAUUUUGUUGAGGAGAACAAAAAAGUCAAGGACAAAAGAUGGAGACUAUAUUAUAUCUCUGCCGAAAAAAAAUGUGCAUCUUAUGAAGCUGAAGUUUUCCAUGGAGGAAGAAGAUUUUUACCGGGCGAUAUUUUACCGAAGCAAAACCAAAUUUGACACAUAUAUGCAUGAUGGGAAUGUGUUAAGUCAUUACUCCCACGUUUUGCAGUUGCUGAUGAGGUUAAGACAAUGCUGCUCGCACCCUCUGCUUUUGUUCUCUAAGCCUUUUUUCGAGGAAUGGAAUCGGGAGGACAUAAACAAUGCACUUCAUAAAAAGAACGACGAUGAGUGGAAAGGGGGAAACGAAGGAGGCAGUGAUUUCCUCCCCGCAAAUGGAAGCGCUGGGAAAGGGACUCCGUUUAGCAGUUCCUACCGUAAAGACAUAACCGAUGAGCCAACGAAUCGAGGGGACGAUCUCAUAUACAACUUCAUGCUAGGGGCGACGCAUUCAAAUCAUCUGGACGAUGAUUACGUCCAAAUGAUAGACCUGCUAAAAGGAGGAAACGCAAUUCAGUGCGUAAUCUGCUUAGAAGACGCUGUGUACCCACUAAUUAGCAAAUGCAUGCAUAUCAUGUGCAAAAAAUGUGCAGACAAUUAUUUUCAUUUAACCCAAAUAGCCGAUAAAAAGUGUCCAGAGUGCAAUGAGUACAUAAGCUUAAAAUCGUUGAAAACGUUACAGGAGAAUAAGUCGCCUCUAGACGAACUGCUAAAAAAAAUGAAAAAGGAAAAUUUCGUGUAUUCCACCAAAUUGAAGCAACUAUUUGAUCAUAUACAAGAUGACAUGCAAAACGAAUUGCACAUUGUCGUAUUUUCCCAGUGGAUUGGAUUUCUUAAGAUUAUCCAAAAAUUACUAACCCUACAUAAUAUUCCCAACAAGAUUUAUGACGGAUCUUUAACAUAUGAAGAAAGAAAGAGUACGCUCCUUUGGUUUAAUGUACAAAAAGGGAAAGUGUACCAGCCAGGAAUUGGAUUUACUAAACCUUCUUCUCCAUUUCCUGUAGAAAAUUUCUCUGGGAAAGUUCUCUUAUGUUCUCUGAAAGCAGGUGGAGUCGGUCUCAACCUUACCGUUUCGUCCAAAGUGUAUUUGAUGGAUUUGUGGUGGAACCCUGCCAUCGAAGACCAGGCCUUUGAACGCGUCCACAGAAUUGGACAGCUAAAGGACGUCAGCAUUUACAAGUUCGUUUUGGAAAAAACAGUGGAGGAAAGAAUUCUGCAAAUCCAUCAGAGCAAGCAGUACACGGCGAACCAAAUUUUAGCUCAAGAGGGCAACAGAAUUAACACAGAGAUGAAAUUCGCUCCGCAGAAAUUGGGCAUGGAUGACUUCAUCCUCAUGUUCAAGGAUUGGAAUGCGGAAGAGUAG